AUGGCUUCUUCAGAAGAGAAGGCAGACUCUCCUCAAAAGCAGGGAGAAGAUCUUAGUUCAAUCCUAUCCUCAGAAGAAAGAGUCGAGUUGACCUUACUACUGGCGAAUAUCACAGAGCUUAUGAGAAAGCAAAUCACAGAUACCUUUGACGCGUCAAUUACAAGUGCACAACCACCACAGCAGGCGUUGAACCUCACCGAUAAGAAUCCCAAUGUCGAUGACACGAAGCCAGAAAAGGAGACCGAGGAAGAGGUCAAUGCUAGAAAAUUGCGUGUGCAAAGAGAGAAGGAACUUUCUGCUCCCAAGAUGUUGGAACUGAAGGAGGAUUCCCUGAAGUUUUUUGAUCAUUGGCGAGAAUCUGUAAUUUCGAGGGUUGGAAUAGCCGUUAAUAACUCGAAGGAGGUUGUUGAAGAGCAGAAGGAUAAGGCUUCUGUCGAGGCAACGAAAGAUGAACCGCCUACUGAGACCAAGGUUAUCAGCUCAAACACAAACAUCGAAGAAGCAGAUGCUGCGUUAGUCGAAUUAUACCCACCCACCUCAACAUCACUUUACUCCCUGGCAAAAGACAAGCGAAUCCUCCUCCUCAACGCAAUGCUCUUACUUCUCCUCUCACUGGAGCACUACGUAGCACCCUCACGCAUCCUCCUCCUUCAUAUCUCCUCAUCCCUCCACCUUCCUCUACACAUCCUAGCUGAGCAUGAAGUAAAAGUAGCUCAAGGCCUCCUCGAAGCAGCCAAACAUAUGUCUGGUAGCGACGAGACGCAGAAGCGAAGCGAUGAAAACAAAUCAGCACGAAGAUGGAAAGUUGGUCUUGCAGGCGUCGCUGGCGCAGCAGUCAUUGGUAUUACUGGCGGUCUCGCUGCUCCUCUCGUUGCAGGUGCCCUAGGAACCAUAUUCGGCGGUCUAGGUCUAGGAGCCACUACAGCAGCAGGUCUCCUGGGAGCCCUAGCUGAAAGUGGCGUCAUUGUGGGCAGUCUGUUUGGGGCCUACGGUGGUCGAAUGACCGGUAAAAUGAUGGACGCUUACGCCAAAGAAGUUGAAGAUUUCGCCUUUCUCCCCCUCAAAGGCAGCAAACACCACGAUCCAAAACCAGAAGACCGCCGUCUCCGCGUCACAAUAGGUAUCAGUGGGUGGCUCACCCAGCGCGAAGACAUCAUCAUCCCGUGGCGUGCCCUCGGCCGGCAAAGCGAAGUCUUCGCCCUCCGGUGGGAACUCGAUGCACUCACCAAGCUCGGCAGUUCUCUGGAAUCUGUCGUCAAAAGCGCAGCAUGGUCCGUCGCCAAGAAAGAGAUCAUCUCACGGACUAUCUUCGCAAGUCUCAUGACAGCACUAUGGCCUAUUGGUCUUCUCAAAAUCUCGAAGAUUGUCGACAAUCCCUUUUCCGUAGCGAAGAAUCGCGCGGAUAAAGCUGGCCUUGUACUAGCUGAUGCCUUGAUUAAUAAAGCGCAGGGGGAGCGGCCCGUCACACUUAUUGGAUACAGUCUGGGCGCGAGACUGAUAUACUCUUGCCUGAUGAGUCUCGCUGAACGACGAGCAUUCAGCCUCGUUGAAUCAGCUGUCUUGAUCGGUGCGCCUGCCCCAUCAGACGCAGCAGUCUGGCGCUCGAUGCGUAGUGUUGUCUCUGGUCGCCUCGUAAAUGUCUACUCCGAGAACGACUACAUCCUCGCGUUUCUGUACCGCACGAGCAGUAUCCAAUACGGCGUUGCUGGUCUACAGGAAGCGCAAGAUGUGAAGGGGAUUGAGAAUGUCAAUGUUUCGGAGAUGGUCAGUGGACAUUUGAGGUAUCAGUACCUUGUGGGCUCGAUACUUGAGAAGAUUGGGUUUGAGGAUGUGGAUACGGAAGAGGUUGCUAGGGAGGAGGAAACGUUGGCAUUAUUGGAGGAGGAAGAGAAGAAAGAAGAGGAGAAGAAAGGAAAAGAUGACAUGGGUCCUGAGGAGGAAGUGAAGAGGUUAGAAGAGGAAGUUAAGAAGGGGCAGGUGGGUAAGGAUGGUGAGAAGGCUGGGAAGAAAGAGGAGCAGACUUUCAUGCAAAAGGCUGGGGGCAUGUUGAAGUUUUGA